GCUCGGGAGCAGACACGCGGGGCCAAAAGACUAAUUUGAACUAUUUUAUUAACAAAAACAAAAACAUUACAUAUUUGUAAAUAACACUAUUAACAACUAUAAACACGAAACAGCAACAACAGCAACAACACAUUUCUCCUAAGGACUCUCUUUAAAUCUUACCGUACACCCGUAAGACAACCGCCUGUAAAAAGAAAGAAGGAAAGGAAGGAAGACACGCACGAAGUGGAAAAUAAAGCGCGCGCGGUCGGAUAGAGAAAGAGAUAGACAGGAGGAGAGUGAAAGAGAAAGCGGGUGAGAAUAGGAGAAGGAAAGAGCGGGACGUACGACGAGGUAACUCCGGUUUUUUUCUAAGAUAGUAGAUGUGUAAUUACAAGCGCGUACACACAAGCAAUACACAGUAAAGAAGAAACAAGUUACAAAAGAGUCGAACGAUAGAAAAAUCAUCUAUUUUCUCAAGUUAUUCCUCAGUCAGAUUGGUGCGCGGCGCAGCGGAAGUGAAGAGAACGAGACGAGAGCAUAAACGCUGAGAGAGGGAGAAAGAGAGAGAGAGAGAGAGAGGGAUUGCAAAAGGGAAGAUCGUAAAAGAGAGCACGCGUCGGCUGCUACGGGACGGGAUAAUCGCAUUUUUAGUUCUCUCUGUACUGUGUGACCCUUACAUUAUUUUGUCCCUCCGAUAGGGACGGGUUCAGUGUUGUAACUUAGGAUAUAAGAAGACUAAAAAGAGCUCCGGAGAGCACAAUAAAAAGAUAGAGAGAGGAAAAGAUAGAAGGAGAGAGAGAGAGAGAGAGAGAGAGAACAAAGAUUUGGAAUCUGAGAUUUCGGAAGAGAGAAGAAGAAAGAACUCAGAAAGAAAAGAAUAGUGUGUAAUUUGUGACUGGAAACGCAUCCACGUCGAGAAACGUUCACAAGAACAAGAAGAAUCGCGAGCAGCAAUCAACAAGGGACAGAAGGAAAGAACGUUCACGAAAAAGGGUUGGCUUCAAGCGUCGCGUAGAGAUACAGUGGAGCUCCAAUUUUUUAUACUAGAAGAAGAAUCUAACAAAAAAGCGUGAAAGAGAGAGCGAAAGCGAGAGCGAGAAAGCGAGAGAGAAAGAGAGGGGGUGAGAGAGAGAGAGAGAGAGAGAGAGAGAGAGAGAAAGCGAGAGAGAGAGAGAGAGAGAGAGACUUGGGAGAAUCAGGGAGAGUGCGAAAGGGGAGCGGAGGAUCGAUCCUGUUCGUGUUUCCGCGUGCACUUCCACGUGUGUCCUUCGAUACGAAACUGCAAGAACUUCAAUUCCGACCGUUUAAGAUCUCUCAUUUAGAGGAGAGAUCCAAAAGAGACGGGAUAGAGCGAAGAGUGACACGUUCGUGACACCGUCGAUCGAUAUCCGGUCUCGAAUAACAUAAUCCGGCCCGCGUGCAAGCUCCUUUGGGGGAUAUGUCCUGCCGUUCCAGAGGGAGUCGUCGUCAUCCGGGAGCGCAACCUUCGCAACGCCGAGGACAACGUCAAUCCGAGUGCCGUCCCUGCGUCCUGGACCCCGCGGCUGGUAAACUGUCCUGACGAAAAAAGGACCACCCCCUCAGCUCGUCCCGAUCGAAGCAGCGCGAUCAUCAACGGACAGCAGUCAUAUCAGAUACGCGAUCGUCUCCCAAGGACGCGGACCCAUCACGAGAAAGGGUCCGUCCAGGGAUGCCCGCCAGGGCCCAGCCACGCUCUCGUCUCGCGUACGUUCAAGGACGAUGACGAUCGGCCAAGACGAUCGGUAAGAUCCAAGCAGCGCGAGCACGCGCCAGCAUCGCGGAGAUGGCGGGCUACAAUCAUUCGAAUCCACAGCGUGUCGUCUACCAUGCGACCUACCCGACGCCCCUCGCCCCAAAUGGCGACCCGAUAAAGCUUCCCGAAAAUCUGGAAACAUUGCCGCGAGCUGAACACUUUCCAACUCAGAGGCAUCGAUGGAACACCAACGAGGAAAUUGCCGCCAUCCUAAUCAGUUUUCAGAGGCACGCCGAAUGGCAAAGUCGGGAGGUGAAAGUACGACCACGAAGUGGUUCGAUGUUACUGUACUCGAGGAAGAAAGUACGCUAUCGGCGCGACGGUUAUUGUUGGAAGAAAAGAAAAGAUGGAAAGACUACACGGGAGGAUCACAUGAAAUUGAAGGUUCAGGGUGUCGAGUGCAUCUACGGCUGUUACGUGCACUCGGCGAUCCUUCCAACGUUUCAUCGCCGAUGUUACUGGCUACUGCAGAAUCCGGACGUGGUUCUUGUCCAUUAUCUGAACGUACCUUAUCCGGACGGUGAUGCGAAGCUGGCGGCCCUGCCACCCUGCCUCGCGCUGCCACCUGACAAGAAGGAAUGGACGCGAGACGAGCUAGCGUCACAAUUAAGGCCCAUGUUCCUCGGUGGAGAUGAUGAUCCGAACAAUCCUCAUCUCACGCAGCACUCGAACCAUCCCGUCGACAUGAUAGUCUCUCAGCUGCUUGAUAGACAGAGGGCAUCCUCCACUUCCUCCACCAGCAGCACUCAACUCGCACCUAGGAGACUUACGCCCGACAAUCAGGUCUCUUCGACAACGGGAGGUCAACAACAAUCGACGACGGCGGCUCCGGCUCCCCGCGUAUAUUCAAGACAUUCCCAUUCUACUCAGAGUCAACAGCCGGCUCCUCUAGUUUUAAGUUUGCAACAAAUUCAAGGCGGUGGUGGUCUUCUGAUACUCAAUAGUCAACCAUAUCAUCAUCAACAGCAGCAGCAACAGCAGCAGCAGCAACAGCAGCAGCAGCAGCAACCACAACAACAGCAACAGCAGCAACCGCAGCAACAGCAGCAGCAACAACAGCAGCAGCAAAGUCAGCAGGUGGAAAUGCAACAGGUCACAGAGCAACAAAUCGUAUCGCAAACCAGCGUCGAUAGAGAACAGCAAACGCAGCAAGAAAUUGACGCACAGGAGAGUUUGGACAGAUCUGCUGUGCAGUCUCUGCCAAUGGGCGGUUCCGGUUCCGAGGUGACCGAUUUCGCGGAGACGCUGGAUCUGAGUCAGGAAGACAUUCAGAGGACACUGUCGGCCAAUAUGGUGCCUCCGUCGCCGUCGCCUUCGCCGGCGGACAACAGCAUGAUUAAUCCGAUGGACUUUAUCGACUCAUCGGAUGACGUGCUGGUCAAUCUGGACGCGUUCGAUGUGUUCGGCGAUUUGCCGGAGCUGCACGACUUCGAGGCCGAGCAAACAAAGCACGAGGAACAGCGAGGUGGUCCCGAGAACGAUGUCGGAUGUCAUCCUGGUACAACCGUCCAUAUUGCAGAAUAUAGUCCUGAGUGGAGUUACACCGAGGGUGGUGUAAAGGUAUUAGUUGCUGGUCCGUGGACCGGCGGUAGUGGUUCUCAGUCGUAUUCGGUACUUUUCGACGCGGAACCGGUCGAGGCGUGCCUCGUGCAACCGGGUGUACUGCGUUGUCGAUGUCCCGCACAUGCACCAGGAAUAGCGUCCCUCCAGGUGGCCUGUGACGGUUUCGUCGUGUCUGAUAGCGUUGCCUUCGAAUAUCGUAGAGCGCCGACAAGCGAACCUAGCCCAGAGAAAGCUCUGCUGGACCGUCUUGCGGACGUCGAGGCCCGUCUGCAGGGUCCCGGUCCGCCAUCUCCCGCGGCUCAUCUGGAAGAGCGACUGGUUGCUUAUUGCCAGGAUGCUGUUGUCCGUCCUUGGCGAGCUGGAGCGGAACCUCUUCAAUCCGGUGGGCCUACCCUUCUGCAUUUGGCGGCCGGAUUGGGAUACUCCAGGUUAGCCUGUGCACUCCUUCACUGGAGAGCAGAAAAUCCUAGUAGCGUUUUAGACGCCGAGGUCGAUGCUCUUAGGCAGGACAGCGCCGGCCUUACGCCACUUGCUUGGGCUUGUGCGGCAGGGCAUGCCGACACCGCCAGGAUUCUUUACAGAUGGAAUGCUAUGGCACUACGCGUGAGGGACUGUCAGAAUAGAACAGCGACCGAGCUGGCCGCGGAGAACGGUCACACGGCGAUCGCCGAAGAACUGAAUCAGCUCGAGACCCGAAGGCAAGACGAGAGGCUUUUCUUGCGACCCGCCAGCCCUAGCCCUAGGCGGCCAUCUCAAGACAGCGGUCUCGAUCUGGCGUUGUGUGGUUCGCCGCUGCUGGACAACAUGGAAUUGUUGCAAGAAGAUGAGUCGUCGUUAGGCCUCAGCGAACAGGGAAUGGAGAGCGCUCCGACCCCUCAGGAGACCGUAGGGGAAGAAGACGCGAGGGUGCUGACAUUGGCAGAGCAAAUUAUAGCGGCGCUACCGGAAAGGAUCAAGAGGGCGGAGGGUGAUUCUCCGUCUUCUUCUUCGCCACCACCACUCACGGCGCCUCUGUCACCCUUGGAAGAUGCUCUCAUGGAACAAAUGCCUCUCGACUCCGGGGAACUGUUCGACUCGUACCGUGACUGCAGCGGCGGCGCCGCUUCAGUUUCGGACGCCGAUGCCGACGCCAGUCCCUCGAGUCCUUCCAGCAGUUGUCUGACGCCAGACUCGCCGUCCCCGCCGCCCACCACUGCUGAUUUCUGCGAGUUUCUGCAGCUACAACUGCAACUUGACGGCAACGGUAACGCUCACAGCGGUCAGUACUACUCGCCAAACGGCUGCGGUGAGCGCAAAUUGAACGGCAUGAUCGGUUCCGGAGCCAUGACGGCGAUCGGUGUCGGAAACGGAGAUGGCAACGGCGAAGCGGAUCUCAGCAGAUUGACGCUAUCUGAUCGCGAACAGAGAGAGCUUUAUCAUGCCGCCAGAAUGAUCCAGAAGGCAUACAGAAAUUACAAGGGUCGCCAGAGGCAGGAGGAGGCUGAAAGGCAUGCUGCCGUUCUAAUUCAACAAUACUAUCGCCGUCAUAAACAGUACGCUUAUCACAGGCAAGCCACAAAGGCAGCACUGGUGAUCCAGAACAACUAUCGAAAUUAUCGCUCGCGGCCGGGCUCGGCCAGUGCGAGGCAACAGGCGGUCCAUCAGCAGGCGGCUCAUCAGGCAGCGAGGAAGAUCCAACAGUUCAUGCGGCAGUCCAAGAUCAAGCUGCAGAACGCCAAGGCCGUCGCAAACGGGAACGGGAGGCUGCCAGCGGUCAUUUCACGGGCGGCUGCUGUCCCCCAAAGCUCGCCCUCAUCUAGCCCAGGGGCCAGCCUAGUAGUCGCCAGCCCGGGGGUCACCUAGUUAACAGUCAGUCCAAUGGCACGCGGAGCAGCGGCGGCGAUAAUUCGGUAGCGAAAUAACACGACCGGUGACGAGAGCCGUUGGUGAACGACGCCCCGGAACGGCCGUCGCGAUGCUCUGAGGGAGUAUGCGAGGUUGUCAACGACGACUACAACUAUUACGAGAGGGUACCAGACGUACGACACGGAUGAUAUACGGUUUUGUUCUCUGCGUCUCUGAUUUGCGUACCCGAUGGUUGACCAACGUCAAGUCUUACCUAUUCAAUCUUUUUUGUCCCUCACACUAUUAUUGAGUUAACACCGCGUCUCAUUCUCGACCGCUCGUUUAUUUCGCUUGUAUCUUACGCUAUUAUCGCACUCUAUGCGUCCCUGCAUCUUCUUCGAGCGAGUAUUGGAGUAGCAGUAAAUAGGCGAGCCUAUCGUAAGUGGGUUUGCUAUAAAAAUCUAUACGAGAUCGAUCGACUGAAAAAGCUUGUAGAAUACAGUUUCUCCUCUCGCUUAAAAUGUAAGACAUAUGUAUCCACGUAUCGUAUCUCUUGUAAGACAUACGUAUCGUGUCUCUUCAAGAGUACGAGAUCCGCUUAGUCGAACAUAUAGGUCGAUUCCUUGUUAUACAUCGCGACAACAUCGAAGUUGCCGUGAAAUUUUAUUAAAUCCUUGUGUGCACCGAGCUGAAUCGCACAAAAUCGUUGUCGCUUUCGUAGGUUCAAAUAGCUGGCGAAUUUGCCAUCGGCAAAUUCUACGAGAAACCGCAGGUCUUUUCGAAACAAAAUAUUUCUUCGAGGCUCUUCAUAAAUGCAGACAUGUGUUUCUCUUUUGAUUACACCAGUCGAUCGGAUUUAAGUCUUCUUUCCUCGAACGAAAAACACAUAAACUGAUUAUAUGAAUUUUGAAAAUUGUAACA